GAUUUGCCUCAAUCUAUCUGAACCCGUCAUUGCCAUCAACCACUUUUUGAAACCUCCGAACGCCAGACGGGUAGGGCUAGGGGUCGUCACGGACGACAGAACAGUCGCCCUUGGUGGCAACGCUUUGGGGUAGCGGGUGAUCCUAUAUCAGAUGCCAAUAAUACCUUCCGCCGAUACCGUCUGGCGCGAUCGGCGUAUUCUUGUACAGACGUGGGUAUGCAAGGAUUCCGACGGUAUGGCUCACAGAGAUCGCAAAAGGUUCCCGUCCCGGUUCCAAACUUCACGUCUGAGAUAGUCCACGGCAACCCCAAUCUCCGCGAUUCGCUCGCACGUAGCGCACAACAGAUCCAGGGUGCUUUGUGGAUCCAUGCAAACUGGACCUGGAACGACGACUUCCAGGGCUUUGAAACGAUGCACGCUUCGUCCAAUUUCACCAACAUCCAAUUUGGAAUGCGGAAGGCUGGAGGUGCAUUUGACCACCUCGUGGAUUUCAGGAAUGGCAGCGCAUCGGGGGAGGUGUAUGAUAUCCUCGACUCGUGGAGGAAGGACGUCCGCAGCGCAAUGGGAACUUUGGACAACUCAUACAUAUCCCAAGAGAACGGAGAAGUGCAGAGCGGGGCAGGCACACGUCUUCUCGUCCAACUCCAGCGCCCGUUCCAGCUGGAUGUAACAGCUGGGCUAAAUAUAAAGUUCGAUUGGGGUCUCGGUGUCCCCCAGACGGACGUGGCGACGGGGCUCGCGACGCUUUCGGGACAAGGAAGGAAUCUGUAUCUCGGAUCGUCAGCGUUUCGCCCUGCCGCUUCGGCUCGUAUGAUCCAAGUUGGCGAUCUCUAAUCAGACUUGCCCCCCGGAGAAGAUAUGCCACCCGCUGCUCAGCAGGAUAUUCGAUUGGUGGUUCCGUGACAUCCACGCUGAUGGGGACCCGUCCUGGCACUCGAUCACCGGAACCUGCGCUACGGUCCGUCAAUGUUGUCUUGAUUCCGGACAAUCAGAAGGGACCCUUGGCUGAACCCGAGAAACAGAUGAUUGAACCAGAAGAGCUGACCCAUACAUAGAGGCGUAAAGUUC